UUGUGGGGCGCAUCCUUAAUCACAAAUGUCAAGAAUCUGUGGCUUGGUUGGAGAGUGCUAAUAAAAGCUAUUUUUUGUUUUCCAAAAUCAAGGGAAAUCAGUGCUAUUAGACUAAUUAUAUUAGAAAAAAAUUACUUUACGUUAUUUAAAACCUACUAAAGCGUACUGCUGUGAUGUGAUUGUGUUUUAGCUAGUGUCGUUUUAAUGUGCGUUGUUUGUCUGUCAUGUACUUAUAUUGGAAUUUCCUAAAUAGAACAGACAUUUCAUGUCGGGACCGCGUAUAAAAAUAACAUUGGAUCGUCGAGGGCUACCAGACUCGCCUGCGCCAUGAUUCUCAAAAUGUCCCAACAAUUUACUCUGGAGAUAUUGUUGUUAUUUAUAGGUGUUAUUACUAUAGCUGUAGCUGCACCUCCAGUUGAUGAAAAUUUACCACCUCGACCAAAAGAAGGUGGAAUAACAACAAAGUUCUGUGAUUUUUACAAUGGCACCAAACCACUCUGUGACACCACAAAUGACUCAGACUGUCUCUCUGCCACUAAUGUUGAAGAAUGUCAACCGACCGAGACUGACAAAAGUACCCAUUGUUUUGUUUUAUGGCAAUAUGACAAUGAAACAAAUACAGCAAAACUUAAAUUCAAAGGAUGCUUUCUUGAUACUGUCUCGUGCAUGGACAGAAGUCACCAAUGUAGGUUGCAUAAUAUGAAACUACCGCUACUCCAUUGCUGCUGUGAAGGAGAUAUGUGUAAUAAAAAUGCAACAUUCCCAGGCUUGGAUGUUAUAAUGGCACAGACCGAAUCUCCUCCUGAACUAAUACCAGCUUCUGUUGUUCCGGUAACCGAUGAUACCAAAGCAGUGAUUGCAUAUACUUUAACACCUCUUUUCCUAUUGUUUGCUAUUUUGAUUGCUUGCUACUUUUUAUAUCGGAGACGUAAAGGCAGUUCAUUUGCUGAACUUGCUAAUGGGGAAGCUUCUUUAUCAAGACCACCAUCAGCUGGAGGAGGGAUGGAAAAUGAGAAUGGGGGAUUAGUUGGGCAGGUGUCGUUAUGUGAAGUCCGAGCUAGAGGUAGAUUUGGGGCUGUAUGGAGAGCUAAAUUGGGUCCCCUUGAUGUUGCCGUGAAAGUCUUUCCACUUCAAGACAAACAGUCUUGGCUAGCUGAACAAGAAAUUUAUAGACUAGCCAGAAUGGACCACCCGGAUAUUUUACAUUAUAUUGGAGUUGACAAGAAAGGUGAUAAUCUUCAAGCUGAAUACUGGCUCAUCACCGCUUAUCAUGAGAAGGGUUCAUUGUGUGAUUACCUAAAAGCGCACACAUUGACAUGGGCGGAGGCUUGGCGUGUAGCUGUAUGCGUCGCCCGCGGUCUUGCGCAUCUUCACGAAGAAGGUGGUGGGAAACCUGCUGUGGCACAUAGAGAUUUCAAGUCUAAAAAUGUCCUUCUAAAAUCUGACAUGAGCGCUUGCAUAGCUGAUUUUGGACUUGCCUUAGUGUUUGUAGCUGGCAGAGGCUGCGGUGAUGCCCAUGGGCAAGUUGGUACUAGACGGUACAUGGCCCCGGAAGUAUUAGAUGGAGCUAUUAAUUUUACAAAAGAUGCUUUCUUGAGAAUAGACAUGUACGCCUGCGCGCUUGUCUUAUGGGAGAUCGCAUCUCGGUGCAAUGAAGCCGGUGCCGAUUCCUCGUCGCAGUACCGGUUGCCUCUGGAAGAUGAGGUCGGCUCGCAUCCCACGCUAGAGGAGAUGCAGGAGACAGUCGUGCAGCGGAAACUGCGUCCGCACAUACCUGCACAAUGGCGGGAACAUUCGGGUCUGUCCGUCCUAUGCGACACGAUGGAGGAGUGUUGGGACCACGACGCGGAGGCGCGUCUGUCCGCGUCUUGCGUCCUCGAGCGUGUGGCGGCGCAGCGCCCCCCCGCGCGCAUGUCCCCCGACGCCCCCCUCCUCAUACACGACCUGCCCCCCGCCUGCUGACCCCCGGGGGACCUGCCCCUCAUCGACCUGUGACUGCGCCCGCCCUGCCGUCCCGAGCCUAAAUUGCACUAAUAGCAAAUACGAUAAACCGAGAAGUUUUUAUGUUGUGUGAGUUAACAAAUCACUAUUUAUAAUCAAAUUUUGAACGCAAAGCGAAAGAAAAGUGCGAAUACUAAAAUAAUUCACAUAUUUCAGAUUGAAUAUGUGAUAAAUAAAUAAAUUAUAGGCAUUCUACUUUUUUAACCCUUAUUGCUAUAUCUAGUUGUUUUUCGCUAAAUCGUUUUUAAACUACUAAAAAUGCAGCCCGAUUCAAACCUG